AUCCUUUAUUACUCUAAUAUUCAUCUUGUAUUUUUACAUGGACACUGAUUCCCUUGAAAACAACAAUAAGGAAAUGAAUAGAAAGUAAAGAAGAAAGCAGCAGGACUACUUCUUUGGACUGCGGUGAUCUUUUAGCUUUGAUUAAGAGGAGCUAUAGCGGAACGUUGACUCUAAGCAUUCAGUUGCCUGAUCAAGUUCUGCAGGGGCUGACAGUCUACGCUUUGUCUACACUUCCUGUUUGCAUCCCCACUCUCCUCUGCACAUACAUCUGGUUUGGUUUAACACACCGAUGUUAGAGUGAAGUAAACGUGUGUCCUGCUGUAAUCUGGAGAAGGAGACAGGACCUCCAACAAGAGUGUGUGUGUAGGAAACAGGACUUAAAAGACAGACAAGAGGCCCUGAUGACCAACAGUGAGGACUGAAGACCUCUGCUUCUGGAGUUUCAUCCAAAAUUCAGUCUUACUUGUGAACUGAUUUCUUGGUUUGGUGGAUUUUCUGCCCUAUGUUGGUCAGCGAAAAUACAGUAUGGGAAAUCAAACAUCCAAGCCAGAUGACCAGCAGCCUUUAUUAGAUAAAACAGAUGAAGAACCACUCAUUGAGAAGAUUUCAGUUGUGCUUAUUGGACGUCAUGGAGUUGGGAAGAAUACAGUUGGGAAUGCUAUUCUUAAGAAGAAAGCCUUCACAUUCCAGAAUAGCUAUAAAAGCCAUUACUUGAAAGAUGAUAACACAAUAUUUGACAGACAUGUUACUGUGAUUCGUGCCCCAGGCUGGUCUGCAGAUUUAAACUCUGAAAGGAACAGCGGCCAUUGGCAAGUGAUUAAAGACAGUGUGCGGUCAAUUAAGAAUGGACCCCAUGCUAUUAUACUGGUUGAUAAGAACACUGAAUCUGCAGAGUCAACAACAGAUAAAGUCAAACAACUCUUGGGUGAUAAUGUUUUCCCCCAUAUUUUAAAAGUUUCAGUGGAUGCAAAAAAUAUUGUGGUUUAUCACAGUGCUAGAAUGCAAACCAUCAUUACCCGAUGUAAAUUUCACUUCUUUGUAAGAUGCUCAUGUGGAAAACAAAAUAGAAUGUUAAUUGAAACAAUUGAGAAAUUUAUUGCAUCUAAGCAUGACAUUCGUUUCUACACUUUGGGGAAGAAAGCACCAAACCCUGAACUGCAGCAUCAGGACUUGGCUAAACUUGUAGAAGCACUAAAACACAAAAUUUCAGCUCUCUCCAAGUCCCUGGAUUCCAACAUGUAUGUGAUAGAAUCAAAAAAUGCUGAGAUAAGGGAGCUAGAACGUCUGCUGAAAGAAAAGGAGGAUAUGCUGAGAACCAAGGAGGAGGAGAUAGCAGGGUUAAAGUUAAAUCUAAAUCACACAAAGAUCUCUGUCCUGGACAAAAUGCCUGAAGAGCUUCAGCAAGCAGCAAAGAGGGAAGGGGCACUUCAAAUAAAGAUUGAUGAAAUGAAAAGGAAACUUGGAGAAAAAGAUAAAGAGAUGGAAAGGAAACUUGGAGAAAAAGAUAAAGAGAUGGAAAGGAAACUUGGAGAAAAAGAUAAAGAGAUGGAAAGGAAACUUGGAAAAAAAGAUAAAGAAAUGGAAAGGAAACUUGGAGAAAAAGAUAAAGAGAUCAAAAACCUGAGAAAAGAAAAUCAAACUCUGAAAUCUCAGUGCUUGAUUGAAAAUAAUAAAAGGGCAAAGCGAUCUUCCGUGAUUGGGACGAGGCAGAAGGAUACAAAUUCAAUUGAAUUAAUCGCAAUGGCCUCAGCAGGAAUGUCAUUGGACGGUGAAGCACUUCAAGCUGGUGAAGCACUUCAAGCCAGUGAAGCCCACAGACGUGUGCAGUUUCUGAAGAAAAAUCGCAAAGAGCUUAUUCAAAGAAUUGUGGCAGUGGAGCUCAUUUCUGAUGAACUGCGUGUGUUCAUCGACCAACAUAAAUAUGAGAAGAUUCUACAAGCUCCAACUGAGUACAAGAAAAACAGACAACUCUUCGACAUAAUAGAGAAAAGCGGAACAAAACUGCAACUACAGUUAUACGCAUGCCUGUUAAAACAUGAGAAAUAUCUUGUUGAAGAUUUAGAGGAGUCUCCAUAAAGUACAAAAUAAUGGUAAGCCUCAAGAAUGACUUGAGAGUUUUGAAUGAUGCCACCUGUUUCCAAAAUAGACAUGAUUUUUUUUUCUUUUCUGGGGAAAAAAUGGGCAGAUGAGAUGAACAACUGCAUCAUAAUGAGAAAACUGUGGAGGGAAAAGAACUGAUUAUUAUCCAAGCAGACUGUCUAAUCAGAGUGCCUAAUCUGACAGAGCCUUCAACUCUUGGAAAAAAGUACAAUGCCCUCAAAUGUACUGUUCAACCAACUGGGAAGUUUAUCAGUAUAAAAACAUCUUCAGUGAAUAUUCUUUAUUGGCUGAGACAAACACUUCUUCAGAAGCCUUCUGUGCUCAUUUACUCAAGAGAACAAGAAAUGUUAACUCUCAUAAAACAAACUAUAAGUGAAAAUUGCUUCAGGCAAAAAGUCCUGAAAGGCAUAAGUGGAUAAAGCCAUGUUUCAAGUCUGACAGAGAAUCUCCCAGGAAGAAACACAUGCUGAUAUUUGUCGCUAAUGUUGAGACCAAAGUAUUUGUAACUACAUUACCAUGUCGGGCCUCAGUGGAUCUGGACUCAAUUCCUGUAACAGUGGACACAAGGCAGGAGAAUUCACCUUGGAUGGGAUGCCAGUCCCUCACCAGGCACCUUGCACAAAUUCAUUCAUACCAAGAGGCAAUUUAGUGCUGCUGAUCCAUGUACCUGCAUGUUUUUGGACAAUGGGAGAAAACCCAAAAAUCUGGAGGAAACCCCCACAAAUACAGAAAAAAAAUAUGCCAAACUCUGCACACACAAUAACCCAGUCAAGAUACAUUCAACAUACAGACUACAGCUUUGAUUUGUUCAAAAUCUAAGGGCCAACCAGCUCCGUACACCUCAGGGGAGUCCUGUAACAGAUAUGGUUGAACAUAUCUGAGGAACACUUGGAAAAACUGACUCUGUUCAUAGGAAGAAAGUGUGUUCAUUUUUUAAUUGUUGUAUUUUAUUUUAUUUAUUAAUUAUCUUCUUAUAUUUACAGCACAUUGACCUGCACCUUAAAAACUGUUCUAUAUUUGUGUUCACUGUUGUUGUAAUCAGAGAAAAUUACAAAGCAGCAAGGGAAGACUCACACACAAAGAACAAAAAGAAACUCAGACUGGAGUCUGGAUUUUAAAUAUUUCUAUUAGUUACAUUGAAACUAAUUGUGAAAUUGAAAAAAAAUGCCUUGGUUUUUUUCCCCUCAUGCUCCCAAGACAAGUGCACUACAAAGAGUAUGAGAUCAGGUUUGUGUGCCCUAUGUAGUGCACUCUGUGCUCAGCACAUAGUGGUUUGGAAUUCAGCCACUGAAUCACAUCCUUGACUCGAAGAGUGCACAGAUUUAAUUGGUGUGAGAUGAUUUAUCACCACAUGUAAUUGGUCUGUGAGUUUCCUGGGCAACUAAACCAGUGCCACAAAGGCUAGAAAAGCUGCGCUGGUUAAAACAGAAAUGCUCCAUCAAAAUGGAAUAAUUCUUAAUAAUUUAUUGGUUAUUGGUCUGUGGUCUGCCUGUUAGAGACCUUGGCCUUAAAACCAUUCACUCAUUUUUUUUCUGACAUUAUUUGGGAGUGUUGACAUGAUAAAGUUCAUCUUACAGACAUUCAACUAACAAAUUAAUAACAUUAACAGUGUUGUGAAUCCUGCAGCAAGUAACGCCAAUAAUUUUUGAGAAAAGGGGAAAAAAAAUUAUGAAUGAGUAGGGGUGUAAAAACUUGACGGAUACUGUAUGUCCAGCCAUUACAGCCUAGAGAACUGCUGAAAAUCAUUUAUCCACUCACAGGCUCCAAGCCAUAAGGAUCUUCUCUAGUCACGCCAUUUGAAAGUUUUACUUUAUCCAAAUAGCACAACCUGCAUUUUAGUGAUUAUCCAUAAUAAGUGCAUUAUAUUUUAGCUAAUGUCAUUUAGAUUCCUCAAUAAAAUUCAUGAUCAAUUCUUCAGUCAGAAUAAAACCAAGUAGUUGCUCGGUUACUCAGGUCUUUCUGCAGCCUGGUUGUGAAUCCUUCAGAAACAAGUUCUCUCUAAACUCUUGGUUGUAUAUUACAGAGACAUAUUGCUG